GAGAGAGGAGAGAGAGAGGGAGAGAGAGAGGGGGGACCGAGGAGAAGGGAGAGAGGGAGAGCAUGCGAGACGGCAAGGAGCUCCUUGGAGUCUCUGAAGCACCCCACAGAUAACCGCUUAGGAACUGGUCGGGGGCACUGUCACCCCGGAAAGCUGCCAGUGUGUCACCAUCACCCCAACUCUGACGUUUCCUACAAAGAAGUUAGAGACUUAAGCAGUAUUGACAUCCGAUGGGAAUGGUAUGCCUGACGCUGUGGAAAAUACUCUUGAGCUAAAGAAGUGCGCCCGGAGGUGGUGUGCGUUGAAAUACCAGAAGCACCCCGACCCAGUGGGUGAAACAGAGACCAGACGGUGGAGAGAAUGACUAACGACAAAUUUGUGAAUUUGUUCUCCGGGAGUUGCUAAUUUGCCAGCCAGAAGCUACACAUUUUACAAGGAGGAAACGUUUGGCUGCUUCAUGAAUUCUCCCCCAAACUGGUGCUACCAGAUGCAUGGCUUUCUAUGUGUUGGAACAAAUCAGGCUUAACUGCAGCAAACCCGGAGAGGAGAAAGGUUGAGGCAACUCACUGGCUGUCUCCAAGUAAACGGUGAAAUGUAAUGCAUCCUCCAGUCCAUGCACACUUCCACUUGCCAUUUGUGCGUCCUUCCUCAGUGGGAACCUUUAAACCCUAAAUUCCAGAGAAGGAACAUAAAUACAUUAUCAUGGACCUGAGGGAUUUUUACCUGUUGGCUGCUCUGAUUGCCUGUUUAAGGCUGGAUUCUGCAAUAGCUCAAGAACUUAUUUACACGAUUAGGGAAGAAUUGCCUGAAAAUGUACCCAUAGGAAACAUACCAAAGGAUCUGAACAUUUCUCACAUCAAUGCUGCCACAGGGACCAGUGCCAGCCUUGUCUACAGACUGGUUUCUAAAGCUGGAGAUGCCCCUUUGGUGAAAGUAUCCAGCAGCACUGGGGAAAUUUUCACCACCUCUAACAGAAUAGACAGAGAAAAACUCUGUGCUGGAGCUACUUAUGCUGAGGAGAAUGAGUGUUUCUUUGAACUUGAGGUGGUGAUCCUCCCCAAUGACUUUUUCCGGCUGAUCAAAAUCAAGAUAAUUGUCAAGGAUACCAAUGAUAAUGCCCCCAUGUUUCCAUCUCCUGUCAUCAAUAUUUCCAUUCCAGAAAACACUUUGAUCAACAGCCGCUUUCCAAUUCCAUCAGCAACAGAUCCUGACACAGGCUUCAAUGGUGUACAGCAUUAUGAAUUGCUAAAUGGGCAGAGUGUUUUUGGACUGGAUAUUGUGGAAACUCCGGAGGGAGAGAAGUGGCCGCAAUUGAUUGUUCAGCAAAACUUGGAUAGAGAACAGAAAGAUACCUAUGUGAUGAAAAUCAAAGUGGAGGAUGGAGGCACUCCACAGAAAUCCAGCACAGCCAUACUGCAGGUCACAGUAAGUGAUGUAAAUGACAACCGGCCAGUGUUUAAAGAGGGUCAAGUGGAGGUGCAUAUUCCAGAGAAUGCUCCUGUGGGGACCUCUGUCAUUCAGCUCCAUGCUACUGAUGCAGACAUUGGGAGCAAUGCUGAAAUCCGAUACGUGUUUGGUGCCCAGGUCGCCCCUGCAACCAAAAGACUCUUUGCUUUAAAUAACACUACUGGGCUGAUUACAGUUCAGAGGUCCUUAGACAGAGAAGAGACAGCCAUUCACAAAGUGACAGUGCUGGCCAGUGAUGGCAGCUCUACUCCUGCUCGAGCCACGGUUACCAUCAAUGUCACUGAUGUAAACGAUAACCCUCCCAACAUCGACCUCAGGUACAUUAUAAGUCCCAUCAAUGGCACGGUGUAUUUAUCAGAGAAAGAUCCUGUCAAUACAAAGAUUGCCCUCAUUACAGUUUCAGAUAAGGACACCGAUGUGAAUGGCAAAGUGAUCUGCUUUAUUGAAAGAGAGGUCCCAUUUCAUUUGAAGGCAGUCUAUGACAACCAGUAUUUGCUAGAGACCUCUUCCUUGUUGGACUAUGAGGGCACCAAAGAAUUCAGCUUUAAAAUCGUUGCCUCUGAUUCUGGGAAGCCCAGUUUGAAUCAGACUGCCCUAGUAAGGGUUAAGCUUGAAGAUGAAAAUGACAACCCACCAAUUUUCAACCAGCCUGUAAUUGAGCUGUCAGUUUCUGAAAACAACCGACGUGGGUUAUACUUAACGACUAUUAGCGCCACAGAUGACGAUAGCGGGAAAAAUGCAGACAUUGUUUAUCAGCUUGGACCGAAUGCCUCCUUCUUUGAUCUGGACCGAAAGACCGGAGUUUUAACAGCCUCUAGAGUCUUUGACAGAGAGGAGCAAGAGCGAUUCAUUUUCACAGUAACUGCCAGGGACAAUGGGACCCCUCCCCUGCAAAGCCAAGCUGCUGUGAUAGUUACAGUUCUGGAUGAGAAUGACAAUAGCCCCAAGUUUACUCAUAACCAUUUUCAAUUUUUCGUGUCUGAGAAUCUGCCAAAGUAUAGUACUGUGGGGGUGAUCACAGUGACAGAUGCAGAUGCUGGAGAGAAUAAAGCUGUGACUCUUUCCAUUCUAAAUGACAAUGAGAACUUUGUGUUGGAUCCCUACUCGGGAGUCAUAAAGUCAAAUGUCUCCUUUGAUAGAGAGCAGCAGAGUUCUUACACUUUUGAUGUCAAAGCCACUGAUGGAGGGCAGCCACCUCGGUCCUCGACUGCCAAAGUCACCAUCAAUGUCAUGGAUGUCAAUGACAACAGCCCGGUGGUCAUUUCUCCACCAUCUAACACUUCUUUUAAGUUGGUGCCCCUCUCGGCCAUCCCUGGGUCUGUGGUGGCAGAAGUUUUUGCCGUGGAUAUUGACACCGGAAUGAAUGCAGAACUCAAGUACACCAUUGUCAGUGGGAACAACAAAGGGUUAUUCCGGAUUGACCCAGUGACAGGUAACAUCACGCUGGAAGAAAAGCCGGUGCCCACCGAUGUGGGUUUGCACCGUUUGGUGGUCAAUAUCAGUGACCUGGGGUACCCUAAGUCUCUGCACACACUCGUGCUCGUGUUUCUCUACGUCAACGACACUGCCGGAAACGCCUCCUAUAUCUACGACUUGAUCCGCAGGACUAUGGAGACCCCAUUGGACAGGAACAUAGGGGACAGUAGUCAACCCUACCAAAACGAGGACUAUCUCACCAUCAUGAUCGCUAUCGUCGCCGGAGCCAUGGUGGUGAUCGUGGUGAUCUUUGUCACCGUUCUAGUGCGCUGUCGCCAUGCCUCGCGGUUCAAAGCCGCUCAGAGGAGCAAGCAAGGUGCCGAGUGGAUGUCUCCCAACCAGGAAAACAAGCAAAGCAAGAAGAAGAAAAGGAAGAAAAGAAAGUCUCCCAAGAGCUCCCUUCUGAACUUUGUGACUAUUGAAGAAUCCAAACCUGAGGAUGCAGUUCACGAACCUAUCAAUGGGACAAUCAGCCUGCCAGCUGAACUGGAGGAGCAAAGUAUAGGAAGAUUUGACUGGGGUCCGGCACCUCCAACCACCUUCAAACCUAACAGCCCUGACCUGGCCAAGCACUACAAAUCUGCCUCUCCACAGCCUGCUUUUCAUCUCAAACCAGACACUCCAGUUUCUGUGAAAAAGCACCACGUGAUUCAGGAGCUCCCUUUGGACAACACCUUUGUCGGGGGCUGUGACACCCUUUCCAAACGCUCCUCCACUAGUUCAGACCACUUCAGUGCUUCAGAGUGCAGUUCUCAAGGAGGCUUCAAGACAAAGGGUCCCUUACACACCAGACAGUGUAACUCACACAGCAAAAGUGACAAUAUUCCUGUCACUCCUCAGAAAUGUCCCAGCUCUGCGGGUUUCCACAUUCAGGAGAAUGAAGAAAGCCAUUAUGAGUCGCAGCGUCGUGUUACCUUUCACCUCCCCGACGGCUCCCAGGAAAGCUGCAGUGACAGUGGUCUUGGGGAUCACGAGCCGGUGGGUAGUGGAACCCUGAUCUCACACCCUCUUCCUCUGGUUCAGCCACAGGACGAAUUCUACGACCAGGCCUCUCCGGACAAGAGGACCGAAGCAGACGGGAACUCUGACCCCAACUCCGAUGGACCGCUGGGUCCUCGAGGAUUAGCUGAAGCUACAGAGAUGUGCACUCAAGAGUGCUUGGUGUUGGGUCAUUCGGAUAAUUGCUGGAUGCCUCCUGGCUUGGGUCCAUACCAACACCCAAAAUCUCCUCUCUCAACAUUUGCACCCCAGAAAGAAUGGGUCAAGAAAGAUAAGCUGGUGAAUGGGCAUACCCUGACCAGGGCCUGGAAAGAAGAGAGCAACAGGAACCAGUUCAAUGACCGCAAGCAGUAUGGAUCCAAUGAAGGCCAUUUCAGUAAUGGCAAUCACAUGACAGACAUUCCUCUGGCAAAUCUGAAGUCCUAUAAGCAAGCAGGAGGUGCUAUGGAGAGUCCUAAGGAGCACCAACUCUAA